AUGGAAUUAAAUUGGUAUAAAUUUAAUAAAUCUAUGAAUAAUAUUAGUGAAUGUGAAGAACUUCCAAAUUUGUUGGAUAUUUUGCAAUUAGCAUAUGGGAUGCCAUUAUUAUUAUUACAUAUUUUUAUUUUUGAAUAUCAAAUUGUAAGAUGUAAUAGAAUGUAUAAUAAUUAUGUUGAUAAUAUAACAAAUUUAUUAGUAGAGAUAAAAAAUCUAUUUAUAUUAUUAAUAGUUAUAUUAACAUCAUUUAUAUUAAAUAUUUUAACAUUAAUUAAAGUUAAAUUAAAAAAUAGAAAAAUUAAAGAAGGAGAAAAUAAGUGUAAUGUUGAAUUAUGUAUAACAUUAUAUACAAUUAUUAACUUUAUUGGAAUGUCUUUAAUUUUUGUUAAUACUAUUUUAGCAAUAAUCGGUGAAAUAUUUACAUUAACAGAUAUUCGAAUAUUUUCUGUUCGAUUCUUUCCUUUUGUAUUUGAUAUAGCAACACUUUUAUAUACUCCUAUAUUUAUAAUUUUUAGGUAA